CAUCUAUCUCCAACCGAGUUCGUCGAUAAACGAUUAUUCAAAAUGCCAUCACAGCUCAAGGGAAAAGUGGACUUCAACCCUGUCAAAGACAUCCCCUCGCUCGAGGGCAAGGUGAUCUUCAUCACAGGAGGCUCCGCAGGCAUAGGCGCAGAAACAGCCAGACAACUCGCCGCCCACAACCCCUCUCAGAUCUACAUAUCAGGCCGCAACGCCUCAGCCGCCAACACACUCAUCAAAGAGAUACAAACCGAGCACCCCUCGGUCCCCAUAACCUUUGUCCAAAUCGACAUGCUCUCCCUCGCGUCCGUAAAAUCCGGUCUCGCAGAAUCCUUCACAUCGACCCGCCUCGACAUCCUCGUAAACUGCGCAGGCGUAAUGUGCACGACCGCAGCCCUCAGCAAAGACGGCUACGAAAACCAAUUCGCAGUGAACCAUCUCGCGCACGCACAGCUCACUUCGGUCUUACUACCGACGCUACUUCGUACGGCGGCACUCCCCGACGCUGACGUCCGCGUCAUAACUCUCUCCUCGCUAGGGUACGGUCUUCACCCGUCAGAAGGCAUCUGCUUCGACGAGCUCAACGCCGGAAGCACAAUGACGCGUUUCAUCUUCGGCCGCUGGAUGCGCUAUGGCCAGUCUAAACUCGGGAAUGUGCUGUUCGCUUUCGAGCUCGCGCGGCGUCACCCUUCCAUCACGUCUGUGGGCGUGCAUCCGGGUGUGGUGCAGACGGGCAUGAAUUCGGGCCAGCCGUGGUUGAACCGCAAAUUUGUCGAGUUCACGAAUUGGUUGCAGGGGAUCCAGUUUCUGGAACCUGAGCAGGGGGCUUGGAGUGGAGUUUGGUGCGCUGCGGCUGCGAAGAAGGAGGAGUUGAGGAACGGUGGGUUUUAUGUGCCUGUGGGGUAUGAUGGAACGGAGGAGAUGAUCCGGAGGGGAAGGGAUGCUGAGUUGGCGGCGAAGUUGUGGGAUUGGACUGAAGGGGUUCUGGAGAAGUUUCGUUGA